CAAAAAACCUCUGGCGAUUCUCUCGACAUGACAAACUACCUAAAUUGGAGUACUACUCGAUUGCGACAUGAACUUGGUGUUAAAGGCAUUGUUUCGUCAGCGACGUUCACGUUAACCACACUGCGACGCCUUUAUGUGGACAAUGUUCUAACGAAUGCAAAUUCUUCUGCUGAUACCACUACGAGCGUUACUACUAAUCAACAGAACGAUGUUAUUGUUCAUGCGGAAGCAUCGCCUCGACAAACACGAUCGUCUCCCCGCAUGCAAGAAGCAGACGUCGAGUCGGACGACGUAGUACAUUUAAAUGAGACUGUACGACAAGAACAAGGAUCUAUGUUUUCGCAAAGAAAUAGUGCUGCCACAGUGCGUAGUGAUACGGUUACGAACAAUACCGGAAAUGACAGUUCCAACAUGGCCGCCCCCAUGUUUGGCCAGUUUAUGGCUGGCAUGAGCCAAUUUUUCAUGGAUUUCAUGUCACAACAGAAUAGCCAGACAGCGAAAGAUGUCACCCUUGCCCAGGUCUACAGCCAGGAAGCACGUCAGUCACCUUUGGCAGGAAAUCUGACCAUGCCGCGCCACACAACACCAACAAACAGAAUUAGAUCGUUCGGAGUAUCCCCAGAGGAUUUGGGCAACCUGGAUUUAGUUACCGGCAGAGUCAAGGGCGACAUAAUUGACGGUAAGGAUGUCAAUCUGGCGUCACUUCUGAUUCCGUAUUUUGAUUUAGAAGGAAAGAAUCAGGACGAUGCACGUCUGAAACGUAACUUGACCAUUGGAGAAUUCAUUACCGCAUUUGGUAAAUACAAACGUGUCAUGUGCCGGGCAUACCCGGAUCGUAGAGACGAACUAGACGCUUAUGAAGCGAACAUCGUUAACAUUUAUAACUCUUACGGCAGUAAGUUUUACGAAUACCAUAAGAUGUUUUCACUUAAAAGUGCCACAGCACUCCAACAACACGCCAUUAAAGUGGAUUGGUCCGUGAAAGACCGCGACUUACUGUUACUUAUAGCAGGUGGCAUUAAAUCUAGGAACUGUGCGAAAUGUGGGGAAGUCUCGCAUGAUACACAUUUCUGUCCAUUGGUACAAUCAGGGCCUUUUAGUAAGGCAGGUAAUUCAAACCAGAACAGCAGUAGAAGGCAGGAUAACGAGACAGACAGGCAUGGUAGGAAAAGAGUUUUUCAUGAAGGGACAGAAGUUUGCAAUAAUUUCAAUGGAUCACGUGGUUGCAAUAGAGCAAAUUGCCCUCUGAAACAUGUCUGCAUCCAUUGUAAAGCGACAGAUCAUGGGUCUGACUCAGGUCAUUGUAAAGACAAUGCUGCUUCAAAAUCAACCAAGUCGAAACAUACCACCUGACUACAUAAUUCCACGGAUGGCUCCAUACACAGAGAAACAGUAAAAACAUGCAUAAAUGUGACACAGUUACAGACUGAAUUAACCAAUCAUGAAGAUCAACAUUUUGUUGAUUAUUUGAUAGAAGGACUUACAUAUGGUUUUGACACAAUGGUACAGACCACUGACCUACCUCCGAAAGAAUGCAAAAAUUUACAAUCUGCAUUAAAGCAAAAAGAUGUCGUCGAUAGACUUUUACAAAGUGAACUAGAUAAAGGAUUUUUGGAAGGACCAUUUUCCACAUCUCCAUUUUCACAAUAUCGUGUGUCGCCAAUAGGGGUAGCAGAAGGAAAAUAUUCACAUAAAAAACGUUUGAUAGUCGAUCUUUCUUCACCCCACAACAGUGAGCAUUCCAGUAUAAACGACCUCAUAGACAAAGAACAAUGUUCACUCACUUAUGUAAAAAUCGAUGACGCUAUCAAAGAAAUUGUGAAGUGUGGACGAAGAGCUAUGAUGUGUAAAACUGAUAUCAGCGAUGCUUUCAAGUUGAUACCAAUCUCACCAGAUCAACAUCAUUUGUUUUGUAUCAAAUGGCAAGGAAUGUAUUACUACUACACACGAUUGGCUUUUGGGUGCCGGUCAAGCCCCAAGAUAUUUGAUACUUUAUCCACUGCCAUAUGCUGGAUUGCUCUUAACAAUUAUGACAUUAAGUUUAUCUUACAUUUGCUAGAUGAUUUCCUCACAGUAGAUAAACCCAAUUUUGACAGUGAUAGAACCAUGGCUUUACUGACAAUGAUUUUUAAGAAGUUGAAUAUCCCGAUAGCCCAACACAAAACUGUAGGCCCUAGCACGUGUGUGGAAUAUCUAGGAAUCAUUUUAGACUCUGACCAAAUGCAGGCUAGACUACCAAGAGACAAAAUAGAACGUAUCACUGCAUUGAUGGAAUCUUUUCUCGCCCGUAAAUCAUGUACCAAACGGGAGCUAUUGCAAGUGUUGGGCCACCUGAAUUUUGCCACUAGAGUGAUUUUACCGGGCCGUUCCUUUGUGUCAUACUUGUUAACACUGGCAGCUUCAGUUCGGGAACUUCAUCACUAUGUACACCUCACUGCAGCUUGCAGAGAAGAUUUAAGAAUGUGGAAAUAUUUCUUAAGUGAGUGGAAUGGAGUCUCCAUGUUUCACGAUAUCUCUAUCACUUGUGCUUCAGACAUAGAGUUAUACACAGAUGCGUCAUCUACCAUUGGACAUGGGGGUUAUUUUCAAGGGAGAUGGUUUUGUGAGCCAUGGCCAAAGAACAUUCCCUUAAUUGCUGAGGACCUCAUGUCUAUGGCAUUCAUGGAACUUUACCCCAUUGUGGUAGCAGCUAUUUUGUGGGGUCAUCUAUGGUCCCAGAAGAAAAUCCUGUUCAAAUGUGACAAUCUAGCUACUGUACAUAUUGUAAAAAAGGGGAGAUCUAAAGUUAAAUCAAUUAUGAUGUUGAUGCGACAACUUACGUGGUGUGCCAUAAAGUAUAACUUCGCUAUCUUUGCUGAACAUGUACCAGGUACAAGCAAUGACAUCGCUGACUC